AUGGCUAGUCGACUUGUGGUGCUUGCCCUAGCUGUCGCGGCAAUUGUCGGAUCAGUCUCAGCCGAGGCGACCGCAGCCACGCCUGCUGCCGCCCCCCAAGGUUCCUUGUCAUCAUCCACUGCCUCGUCCCCCAAGGCAUCGGCCCCUGCUGUGUCGACUGCCCCCGAGGCUUCCAUGCCCCCGCCCGUCUCCGAGGCUCCUCAGGCCUCCUCCGCCAGGUCUCCUGCUACCGCUGAGGCACCAGCAUCGUCUCCCUCCAGCGACCUGUCGUCUCCGCCCGCACCCUCCAGCGAGGCCUCCGUUGCACCAGCGGCCAACGCUCCCGCCAGCAGCGGCACCUCCGCUAUCAAGAUCUCGGCCCCCACUGCUCUUGCUGCCGCCGCGUUCUUUUUCCUUUAA